UCCAGUCUGCUGGGCAUAGGCUGGUGAGAAAUGUCAACUGAUCGAACCAGGGGGUUGUACACUCCGUAUGAUUUGUAGAUAGAAACUUGUCUUAUCCUGCGGUAAAACUGUUCAUCACAACGUGCUAAGAAGUCUUCAUUUAAUUAACGAGAAUGGACAAAGUUGUUCUUGUGACCGGUGCAAACAGUGGCAUCGGUCUGGCUUUGUGUGAACGCCUAUUGAGUGAAGAUGAAGGCCAGUUGCGUCUGUGCCUGGCCUGUAGGAACAUGCAGAGGGCAGAGGGCGCCAGGGCAGCCCUCCUGAACUCUCACCCCAAGGCCCACGUGGACCUGCUGCACCUGGACGUGGGCUCUGUGCGCUCUGUGCUCAGCGCGGCCCAGGAAGUCAAAUCAAGGUACAACCAACUUGAUUACCUAUACCUAAAUGCAGGGAUCAUGCCAAAUCCACAGUUGGACAUGAAGGCCUUUUUCAAGGGACUGUUUUCAAGUAACGUCGUCAACAUGUUUAUGACGGGGGAGGGUCUGCUGACCCAACAGGACAGCCUUAACUCAGACGGCCUCCAGGAAGUGUUUGCUACAAACCUCUUUGGUCACUUCCUUCUGAUCAGGGAGCUGGAGCCGGUCCUGUGCCAGACGAACCACACCUCUCGGGUGGUGUGGACCUCCUCCAGCAACGCCAGGCGCUCCGCCUUCCGUCUGGCUGACAUGCAGCACCGGCUAGGGACGGAGCCCUACAGCUCCUCCAAGUACGCCUCGGACCUGCUCAGCCUGGCGCUCAACAGACACAAGAACACCCAGGGCCUGUACUCCUCCGUGAUAUGUCCUGGUCUGGUGAUGACCAACCUCACCUACGGAAUCCUUCCCUCCUUCUUCUGGACCCUCAUCAUGCCCAUCAUGUGGCUCAUCCGAAUCUUCACCAACACGUUCACCCUCACACCCUACAGUGGAGCGGAAGCUUUGCACUGGCUAUUUCGUCAAAGACCAGAGUCGCUGGAUUCAAGAGCAAAGUACCAUAGUUUGACAUCUGGCCUUGGGACCAACUAUACGCAGUCGCGACAAAUGGACAUUGAUGACAAAAUGUCUGAGGACCUUUAUGUGAAACUUCUGGAGCUUGAAAAAGUAGUACGGGGUGGACUAACUGAGGAAGACGAGGAUCUUCUGGCCCACAAACAGUACCUCAACCACACAGACUAGUGGACCAUGUAACAAACCUGAGCUCCAUGCAUUGACCAACCUCAUGUUGUACCAUGGGAUCCAGUCCAUCUGAAGUCACCCAAGUCUUAAAUUCAAUUUAAGUAUAUGGACUGCCAAACAGACCCAUUACCAGCAGCUCAGUCAAUAGCUUUCCAACCUGGGUGAAGAUCACUACUCUAUAGGAACGUCAAGGAUUUGAGUAUGACGCUUCAUCAUGCUACCUGCUGAUGUUUUGUAGUUCAGUCAAGGUUACACAUUUUUGAAUAUCUGCGACUUGAUACAAAGAAGUGCUGCUACUCCUUUUUUUUGUACCGUAAAAAUGUGGGGCAGAAGGGCAGUCAGUGAUGCUAAUCUGCAUCAAUGUUAAAAGGACUGAAACAGAUUAACUGUGAAACAAACAGUUAAUAAAAUGGAAAGUAAGGAGCGAAACUAGAACUUUGGAUGUGUCUAGACUGCCAGAGCAUUUAAGAAUAAUCAGAAUCCUCUUUAUUAGUAAGUUUACUGUGGCAGGACGGUGCAUACGAUAAACAUAUAAGAAUCUUAAAUAUAAAAAGAAAACAAUUAACAACAGUCUAAAUAAUUCUAAACAAUACUAUACAAUGUAAAAUAUGAAAUAUAAAAUAUGAAAUAUAUCUUAUGUAUUCAGGCAAGAUGUUUCAACGGCAAAGCCCCCCCCCCCCCCCCUCCAUCAGAGUCAAACCCCCCCUCGACGCCCUCGGCUGGUGGUGCUGAACGGUUACUUAAUGGACCCACUUGGGUGUUUGGCGCCCCCCUCUUCGUGGCGCCCUAGGCGGCUGCAUAGUUCGCCUAGAGCAAUCGCCGGCCCUGUAUGCAUUCCUGUCAUUAAUUUAGCAUUUGAUUCACAGCCCUGCCUUACCGUGAUCGAAAGACCAACUUGUGAGCUGUUUAACAUUGAAUAAAUCUUCAUUAUUUUGGUUACUUCAACUUUACUCACUUAUCUGUAUAAUAUCACAAAGUAUUUUUUUCUGUGUAUUACUUCCGAGUCAAGUUGGGUACAUUUGGGGGAUGCUGAAGUGUUCUGAAGGAUCAAUCUCAUGUUACAGCUGUGUUGUCAAGGUUUGAAACGGUUAACAGAGCAGCAGCUGGUCUUGUCUGAACAAUUGGGCACUGAAGUCUCUGGAGUCUUCAUUUGAUAGCUGUAUCAGGUUGACACCCACAAGCUACUAUGGUGUUACCUUACCAACCGUAAGUAGGAGUACUUGUGGUGUGGUUUUCCUGGGAGCAAAAACAGCAUUGCUCUCUUGACAAUCAUCUGUGUUCAUUCUUGCUGCAUUCAGGAAAGAUGCUGUGGAUACCAAUUAAAUGAGAACUGUAGAUCUACAGUGCUGCUCUGAAUGCGACAGUGUGACAAAAAUACUAAUUGUUCGAGUGUUGCUACAAGAGAUAAAAAAAUUUGCAAUGCUUAUUUAUCUCAAAUUUAAGUCCAACCAUUGUGGUAUGGGGUUGUAGGGUUGAUUAAUUCUACACUGGAAUGCACUACAAAGCUACAAACACACAACAUCAGUUGGCCUGUAAUGUAAACUUGGCAUAUACUGUGUAGAUGUCCUCUUUGAGGCAGCAGAUUAAGCAUCUAUUAACUAGAUGGUGCAAGUACUGACAUAACAGAAGGGGAAGGCGUGUCAGAUACAGUUUAUGACACUACCAUCAUCUUUUGACACUAGUAAACAACCAAAUCCUCCCUAAUCUGUUGCAUGCUGCUCUGUGGGAAACGGUUGUGUAAUGCUGCAGUGGAAUCUGCAGUGGUAUACCUAUUAGUAGAUAUCAUGAGAAUGAUGACUAUCAAGUGAAAUCUUAUGAAAAACAUACAAACAUGUCUUCUGUUUUGUACUGUUAUCAUUAUGAAGUUAUACUAUACAGUUAAAUUAAUAUAAAUAUUUUGAAAUAUGCCAUAUAGCCUCAUUUUGUUCCUAUUAA